AUGGAAUGGCGUCGUAGGAGGAAGUGGCAGUGUGUUGCAGUGUUUCCGCUGCGUGGUGAAUGGCAAGGGGCAAGUCCCUGGGCCUUUGCCAUAGUCAAGGUUCUUCCUGAGAAGAAAUUGUAUUCUCCUCUGGCUUAAAUAGGGGUUUUCGUGUGCUGCAGAAGCUUCUAGCGGUGUACAAAUAACCUCCUGAUAGGCCUACGUAAAGUUAGGCGGAGCGCCUUCCAGGAAACAUGCCUGAGAAAAAAAAGAUGGCUGGAGGAAAGAAGAAGCGAGCUGACAAAGAGAAAAAAUCAAAACGGAAAGCUGAAGAAGAAGAAGAGUAUGUUCCAGAAGAUGACUUCGAUGAUUUAGGAGAUGAUGCUGGUGAGGUUCCAGAAGCUGCAAAAAAGGAUGUGGAGCAAGCAGGAGAGGCAGUUCAGGAAGAUGAAUAUGGUGCCAAGGACUAUAGAUCCUUGGUCACAUUGAAACCUGAUCAUUCAUCAAGACCUCUUUGGGUUGCUCCCAAUGGGCAUGUAUUCCUGGAGGCCUUCAGUCCUGUGUACAAGCAUGCACAUGACUUCCUCAUUGCCAUUGCUGAACCAGUGUGUCGACCAGAGCACAUUCAUGAGUACAAGUUAACUCCAUACUCAUUGUAUGCUGCUGUGAGUGUUGGCCUUCAGACUCAGGAUAUCAUAGAAUACCUCCGUCGCCUGAGCAAGACCACUGUACCUGAUGGGAUCAUAGAAUUCAUCCGCAUGUGCACCUUGUCUUAUGGAAAGGUCAAAUUGGUUCUGAAACACAAUCGAUAUUUUGUGGAGAGCAAUUUUCCUGAAGUACUGCAAAAAUUAUUGAAGGACCCAGUAAUACAAGAGUGUCGCUUGCGGCAUAAGGUUGAUGAGGAACAUGAGGAUUUAAUUACAGAGGAAGAAGCCAAAGCAAAGGGUAUCCAGUUUGGUGCCAAAAACCCAGAGAAGGAAAAGAAACCUGGAGAAAAUGGGACUGGAAAAGAAGAAGAAACAAGUGAUCCCAAACCAUCUGUCCCAGAUGAUAUCAGUAGUUUCUAUGCCAAGCUAGACAAGGAAGAUGAUGAUGAAGAGGAGCAGGAGCAGAAGCACCAGAUAGUAUCUUUUGAAGUUAAACAGGAGAAAAUUGAGAUACUGCAGAAGCGAUGCAUUGACCUGGACUAUCCUCUCUUGGCAGAAUAUGACUUUCGGAAUGACACUCAUAACCCAGAUAUAAACAUCGACCUGAAGCCUUCAGCCAUUCUUCGUCCAUAUCAGGAGAAGAGUCUGCGGAAGAUGUUUGGUAAUGGGAGAGCGAAAUCUGGUGUCAUUGUCCUUCCAUGCGGUGCUGGAAAGAGUUUGGUGGGUGUGACUGCUGUUUGUACUCUGAGGAAACGUGCCCUGAUCUUGUGCAAUUCAGGAGUGUCUGUGGAGCAGUGGAAACAACAAUUGAAGAUGUGGUCCACUGCGGAUGACACUGUGAUCUGCCGGUUCACAUCAGAAGCAAAAGAUAAGCCCAUUGGGUCUUCCAUCCUCAUCACCACAUAUUCCAUGAUCACUCAUCAACAGAAGAGGUCUUGGGAAGCUGAAAGAACCAUGGAAUGGCUACAGCAGCAGGAAUGGGGUGUCAUGGUCCUUGAUGAGGUGCAUUCAAUCCCAGCAAAGAUGUUUCGUCGAGUCCUGACGUUGGUCCAGGCCCAUUGCAAACUGGGUCUUACAGCCACACUGGUGCGAGAGGAUGACAAGAUUGCUGACCUUAACUUCCUCAUAGGCCCCAAACUCUAUGAAGCCAACUGGCUGGAACUCCAGCAGGCAGGAUUCAUUGCUCGAGUCCAAUGUGCUGAAGUCUGGUGUCCCAUGAGCCCUGAGUUCUACCGAGAGUACCUCCACUGUUCCUCUGCUAAAAAGCUGCUGCUGUAUGUGAUGAACCCCAACAAGUUCAGAGUCUGUCAAUUUCUGAUCCGUUAUCAUGAGCGGCGGAACGACAAGGUCAUUGUCUUCUCAGACAAUGUGUUUGCACUGAAACACUAUGCCAUUGCCAUGGGUAGACCCUACAUUUAUGGCCCCACAUCUCAAUCUGAGCGACUGCAGAUCCUGCAGAACUUCAAGUACAACCCAAAAGUGAACACAAUCUUUGUGAGCAAAGUAGCUGAUACAUCAUUUGACCUCCCAGAAGCCAACGUCCUGAUCCAGAUCUCGUCUCAUGGUGGAUCCCGACGACAAGAAGCUCAGCGUCUCGGCCGCAUCCUUCGUGCCAAGAAAGGAGCAAUUGCAGAGGAGUUCAAUGCCUUUUUCUACACCCUCGUUUCCCAAGACACAAUGGAGAUGUCAUAUUCCCGAAAGAGACAGCGAUUCCUCAUCAACCAGGGCUACAGCUACAAGGUUGUGACUCAGCUACCAGGCAUGGAUAAGGAGGAGCUUCAGUAUGGUACAAAGGAAGAGCAGGGCCAGCUCCUGCAGCAGGUUCUUGCAGCCAACGACUCAGAAGCAGAUGAAGAACGCAUGCCCGGUGAUCCCUCUCGACCUUCCUCUACUUGGCGAAAGGGAACGAGUAUGUCGUCAAUGUCGGGAGCAGAUGACAAUGUCUACAUGGAGUUUAGGAAGUCCUCUGGACAGCACAAGCACCCUCUCUUCAAGAAGUUUCGAAGAUAAUUUCACCCUCCUUCACUUUUGUGAAUGUCUGUGAUGUGAUGAGUUUGUUCACCCCAAGAGAAAAGUCAGUGA